AUGGCUAACUUGAUAUUGGAACAAAUUGAAUAUAAACUUGGUGAUGUAAACCGAUCUACAUUUGACAGCAAAAAUGCCAGUCUCAUGACUGUAUGGAGACCCGAACAAUACUACUUUAACAAGAAACAAAUCAUCCCUUUUGUCGACGAACAUUGGAAAGACAUUUGUACUGAUCGUGCCAGAACUACUACAUGGUGGGCCACUUUAGGAAGUUGUUUAUACUCUACAAAAGAAAUAUUUACUUCUAAGGAUGAACGUCAACGAUCUGCAGCAGCAGAUUUUGGAUUGAAUGAUGCCAAUUUAUGGCACAUACGCCCUAUACAGUCGAGUACCAAAUCAACUACAUCAAUACCACGCCUACCAAAAGAACGAAAAUCAGAUGAAGCAUUCAACUCUCAGCGAAUGGAAGCAUCAUCCAUAUAUCCAACAGCUAAUAGUCAACGCGUCGAAAAAUGGGUUGCCUCGAAUACGCCGUCUCCCAGAUCUUCAUCACCAUCUGUCACACCAGCAAUCAUACCUGCUAUGUUCAGUAACUCCAGUAAUACUGAUCAUCCCUUCAACAGAUUUGGCUUCAAGUAUAUUCCUUGUGAAAAAUCCAAAGUAUUACCUCAUCUUGCUUAUCAACAGACAGAUAUCAGUGGAGUAGAUGGAAAUGGUUGUACACUUAGUAUGACAGACAAAAGCUCUUAUGUCUCGGUGGCUAAGGAUGGACGAACAGUGACAACUGACAAAGGUUUUCGAAUGUGUCGCGCGAAUGUGGGUGUCAAGGAAGGAAAUUGGUAUUGGGAAGCUAUUGUUUUAAAAAGCAAUGAUGAUAGUGGUGGACAUGUUCGUCUAGGGUGGGCAAGACGUGAAGCUUGUUUGAAUGCUCCUGUGGGUUAUGAUGCUUAUAGUUAUGGAUAUCGUGACAAGACAGGUGAAAAGGUAUUUUGCUCUCGACCACAAAGUUAUGGUGAAUCAUACCAAACAGGUGAUGUGAUUGGACUCUAUAUUUCAUUACCACCAAAACAUAAAAACGGAAAGGAUGGCAGCACAGGGCAAGAUUUCAAAAGUGCGACAAGAAAACGAAUUCCAAUUGCAUUCAAGGAUACAAUAUGGUUUGAAGAAAAGGAUUAUCGACAAUGCAAGGAAAUGGAAGCUCUAGCUGAUCGAUAUCGCAAAGAAGAUGAUAGUUUAUACCGACCAAAAAGUAUCCCUGGAUCAUCGAUCACUAUGUACAAGAAUGGAGUAUGCUUAGGUGUGAUGUAUCAAGACUUGACUGAUUUUGAAGAUUUUGGAAGUUUGCCUGAUAUGGUUCUGUCACAGCAUCAAAAGAAGAAAAGAAAACACAAGAAGGAUAGUGAUAGUACGUUACCGACAACAAUGACCUCUGGAACUUCACAAAUGAGGAUGGUGGAUGAAGAAGAUUUUGAUGGGAAUGUCAAGCAUCAACAGUGGAAUGAUGAUCCUCCUUUGGCAGAUGAUGGAUCCUUGGGUUACUAUCCUGCCGUUAGUGUAUACAAAGGUGGUGUUGUCUCAUGCAACUUUGGUCCUGAUUUCCAAUACCCGCCUCCUGUUGCUCCAGGUACCGAACCUUGGAAACCCAUGUGUCAACGUCAUAGUGAUUAUAUGGUAGAAGAAUGUGUGUGGGAUCUUGUGGAUGAAAUAUCUCGUAGUUUUAGAAAAAAGUUUAUUGAAUAA